GUUAUGUUCGUAUCACUCUGUAUUUACGAGGGAAUCCAUGGACAUGGUAGAUUAAUAAAUCCGCCAUCUAGAGCAUCCAUGUGGAGAUAUGGUUUUGAUACACCACCUGAUUAUAAUGAUAAUCAGGGUUUCUGUGGCGGAUUUAAUGUUCAGCAUACACGAAACGGAGGUAAAUGUGGAAUCUGUGGUGAUGCCUACGCUGGUGCGAUCAAAGAACAUGAAACACCAGGAAGAUACGCAACUGGACAAAUUGUGAAAAAUUAUCAAAGUGGAGAAACUAUCAAAGUGGACGUGGAAAUAACGGCGAAUCAUAAAGGUUAUUUCAUCUUUAAAUUGUGUGCCAACAAUAAUGUAAAGAAAGAUCCAACUCAGGACUGUUUUGAUCAAACAAGACUUACCUCCCCUAGUGGUUCCGAUAAGUUCUAUAUAGACUACAGUACUGGUAUAAAACAGCUUUAUGUUGUUUUACCUUCAAAUUUGGUUUGUACUCAAUGUAUUUUGCAGUGGACUUACAUUACUGGAAACAGUUGGGGAGUGUCACCAAAUGGAACUGGAUGUGUGGGUUGUGGACCUCAAGAAAACUUCCGAGCCUGUUCCGAUAUUGCAGUC